AUGUCGCACAAGGCCCCGUCACCGUCGCCAUCGACGUCUUCGAGCAGCGAAGAAUCCAGCUUCUCGUCGUCUUCGUCUUCCCAUCUUAAUUCGCCAUCCUUACUUACUGCCGACCUCGGGAUGGGCUUGGACCCAGCGGACGCCUUGGAAUUGCUCCUGAAGAGUGCAGGGCAGAGCGACUCGUCUGGCCAUCUUCCCGACUGGUCAGAACUAUCAUCGCUAUGGAAUGGAUCAGAACAACUAGUCAAUCCAUAUUCUGGCGUCAUGGAUUUCGCUUCUAAUAUGUCCAUCGACCCCAGUGCACUACAUUAUAACCCUGCAGCUGCGUCUUUGGGAGCCAUGUCUCCUGAGCAACACUACCCAUUCACGUAUCACGAAUCCCAUUUUCCGUACCCCUUCAAUGGAGAUAUGUUGUCGACAUUCGCAGAUUCGCUGACCGUCCCUCAGCCACGUCGGCUCAGCGUGACUUCAUCAUCUUCAUCGUCUGGCGCUUCCCUAUCACCCGUCCUGGAGCACUCGACUGCUGUUGUGCCGGAACGGGAACCACCAAGCACACCGCUUUCGGGGCCCGCAUCAGCAGCGGAUGAGCUUGCUCAGUUAGUCAGGAUUACAUCAGGUGUCCUGCAUGCUGUACCGGUAGGUUCGCAGAUAGGCGGUCAUGGACUCUCUCUGACAGUCCCGACUCCGGAAUCGCAAGAGAAGGCCAUCCCAAUUUUACCUCGGCCUACGAUGUCGACUUCAUCGUCACCGUCGCCUGCCCAAACAUCCAGCAGUAGUGAAUCCGUAGUACAAGUCAGCGCGAGCGGUCGCCCGAAGACAAGUCACACCACAAUCGAGAGACGCUACCGGACGAAUCUGAAUGCUCGCAUCCAGAGCUUACGAAUGGCUGUGCCAGCCCUUCGAGUCCUGGAUCGCAAGAAUGGCAAGAAUGCGAAGAACUCUAAGCAAGUAGAGAAAGCCACGGAUAUAGAUAAAACAGAAGAUGAUAUUAUCGAUGAACGUGGAUUUGUUGACGGUGUCAGAGUAGCGAGGAAGUGCAGCAAAGCUAACGUUCUUGGUAAGGCCGUGGAAUACAUUCGCGUUUUGAAGAAGCGUGAGAAGCGCCUCAAGAACGAACAAGAUGGUCUCAAAUCGCUUUUGUCGGGUCUUGUAGGGGGGCCGGACCUCCUACGUGAAUGGGAACGCGUGUGGACAGCAAAGUUUGGCGGCCCUGAAAAGGAUGAACUAGUCGAAAGUGAAUUGGUCGUUCGGGUUACGAGCCGUGAUGCUGCCAACAAGCCGGGCGAUUUCGAUGGAAGUGAUGGUGAAGACGAUGAUGAUGACGAGGGCGACGAUGAUGGUAGUGAUGAGGAAGGCGGUAGGAAGAGGAAGAAGGUUAAGACGAGUCCCGCCCCGAAACCCGCCUCGAAGGAGAAGAUUGUGAAGAUUCAACCGCGGCCGGGUGCUGCAGCAUCGCCGACAACCGUGCUAGUGCCUGGUGCUCUUCCUGAAAAGAGAAAGCGUGGUAGGCCAAGAAAGAAUCCUCUCCCGCCAGCAGCGCCGACCCCGAUGCCUAUCGUCGCUCACCCAGUGACCAUGGUCCAUACGUCACCAUCCACAAGCACCAGUUCAUCACCGAUGAAGGUGGAGGACAUUGUCAUGCAACCCCCCACAGACGAUAACGGCAAUCGGAAAAUUAACCAUCCUCAACAAUACCUCCUUGCGACUUUCGCGUUAUUCUCAUUUUUCAAUUCCCCGCUAACAUCGACAUCACCUUCGUCCGAUUCUGGUCAAUAUACUGAGCAUGGGCACGUACUGAAUCCUCUACCGAACAGCUCGUACGCAAACGCUGCGUAUGUCGCACAGUCUGAGUGGGGAUGGCAGGAAGUCAUCCAGUCGUUCCAUCUCCUUGUCUCCGCCCUUGUCUUCGCUUCGGUCGUAUUACCUUGGGUGCCGUGGAAACCCCGGCGUGCUGUAAACAAACUCAACACCGUCCUCCAUAAAGUCGGCCUGGUCUCGAAGUCUGGCGUAGUCCCUGAGCAACCCCAAGUUACUCUGACGCUUGCUGAAGCACUUGCCCCAGCCAGGCGAGGAACACCGAAUGAAGCAGACGGGUUGAGGAAUGCUUUGAACGCUGCAAAGGCGGGAUCCUCUUCUCUGAGGAUGUGGAGAAGGGUGAAUGCUGGAAGCGAUAAAGGGAGAGGAUUUGAGAGGAAGGGGUUAGAGCAGAGAGCUUGGGUCAGAUUGGGGGAACUCGCUGUGCUUGGAGGUCCUUCUCAAGUUUCGCUUUACACGCGCAUUCAAACAUACAUCCAAAUGCGUACUUACAUAUCGUGGUUGAGCGCAUCAGCCUCGGACCAUAUAACGCUCGCCCUUCUCGCUCAUGACAUCCCUAUCUUCGGUCGGAAGAACGCUAUCGCGUUGUGGGAAGGCGCGAGGGAGAAAGCAGGUCUCUGCGCUGGUGUCCCUGAUAAGAGGAGAGACAUUGCAAGUGGACUGGUGAAUGAUGGAAAUCGGGGGGUUCGAGAGUAUGAGAAAUUGGUGUUGAGGGAUUUGGAAGUUGGAGAGGCAUCAAAACGGUUGAGGGGCUUGAAUAUUGGGAAAGGGGAGAAGAGGGAGCGGUAUACGCUUACACCGUUGGGUGCCCUAGCUGGGACACUCGUAAAGGAGAGGACCAAGAAGCAUUUGAUGAUGCAAUUCAUCUCGACUGUCGUUCCUCCGUCGUCGUCAUCGACUACAACGCCGGUUCGCGGUGGACAAUAUACCAGCACUGUUGAACCCGGCGACCUCUGGGACGAGGAGACCGCGGUAGCUGAGAAGAGGAAAACUAUUGACGCCGCUCGGAGUCUUGGAGGAAGCUUGGCCGAGCUAGGCGAUAUACUUGAACGCCUACAGGCCAACGGGGAUGGCCUGGAGGCUACCCAUAAUCCUACGAACCAGGAAGACUUCAUCCGAGAAGGCAUCAACGGCGAGAUCCGUUCAUUACUCAACGCUAUCCUCCUCUAUCGAAAGAUCUUCCCAUCAUCCAUUCUCUCGCAUUCGAGGGGUCUUGGGCACCACGACGCUACUUCUAGCGGUGCCCAAAAUUGCUCGGGCGUAUCAAUUUUGUUGAGUCCGCCGCCGAGUCCAAGCCAGAAAGACAUACGUAUUGUGUAUGCUUUGAGGCGGGCCUUGGGCAAUGCGGUCUUCGACUGUAACGUGGAAGACAGACCGAAGGCUGAGGGGUUGGUUGAUUGUGCAGAUGAAAGGAAAGCAUCAAGAUCUGGAUCGGUGUGGCAGGAAGACGGCGUCGUCGCUUUGGCGCUGGAAGAUGCCAGAGACAGAGUUGUUGAUAUGCUCGUCGAGCUGGAGAUGGAAGGCAAUGGCAGAGUGCGAUCAUGA